AUGGUCUUUAUAACUCAGAACAUCGCCCGUGACCUGGCGUCUUGCUCAACGCCAGAGUCGAACCGAAUUUGGCGCCAGAACCAUAACAAGGUGUGGUCUUUUUACAGCCUUUUUAACUCUUCACAAGUUAAAUUUUUAUUCGUGUGGAAACGAGUGCCUUCGCCUCACCAUAUUGAAAUAAAAGCUCGACUGCAGACGGAGCCAAAAACUCGGGUGGCAAUGGCCGCCGCUUCCCCGAGUUCUAGUUCACACGAACCCCAGCGGCUCCUUCGCCGCCCCGUCGGGAGGACCGCUCAUGGGCAUGGCGAGCGGACCGUUCUCGGGCCCGCUGUCGCUGCCGCAGGGCUCUGGCUACCUGCGGGCGGGGCCGCGGCGGCACCACCACCACCACCAUACAUUCCGCCCUACCCGCCCUUGCCGCCGCCCCCGCCGCGCCGCCUGCACCACCACCCCCACGGGCACCAGUCCUUGCCGUACAUGAGCUUCCGGGAACCGCCGCCUCCGCCGCCGCCCACGGGGCGCUGGGACGAGGACCCGUGCUUCCUGCGGCCGCACUCGCCGGAGACGCCGUGCCCGCACAGCCACCGCGCGGAGCACACGCCGCAGGAGGACGGCACCUGCUUCGUGGUCAUGGGCUCGCAGAAGCCCCUGGAGAUCAUGGAGCCCUUCUCGGCCAAGAACCCGCUGCACGUGCCGCACCUGCAGCAGGAGGAGGAGGGCGUGUACUCCUACGCCGGCGAAGGGAUCCUGAGCCCGGCCGACGUGAUCCGCGCCCAGGCGGCCAUGGAGGACUCCGACAGCUACGGCGGGUCCCUGGCGUCCGAAAACAUCUACGAGGAGAUUCCCGAGAACUGGAGCGGCGCCUGGUCGCGGCGCUCGCUGGUGGAGGAGGUGCUGGACGAGUACGAGCGGGUGCGCGCGGGGCACCGCCGCGUGCUCUCCGCCCUCAACCUGGACGUGGAGACGCUGAUCCGGCCCGAGGGGCACGACGGCACGGCCUCGCCCGACUCGGGCCUCACCGUGUCCGCGUCCGACUCGUCGUGCGAGCCGCACGCCGGCUGCGACCCCUCGCGCCCGCGGACGCCCACCAACCACGACGACCCCGCCACCUCGUGGCGGUCGCAGAAGAAGUCCUCGCCCAAGCAGAACGCCGAGAGGCAGCUGCCCAAAGGGCGGGGGCGGCUGGUGAAGUGCGAGUCCCUGGACUUGAAGGAUGCCAUGACGCGCCGCCCGUCGGGAGGUCGCGGGCGCGGCUUCAAGGAGAAGCUCGGCGGAGUCAAGGAAAAGAUGGAGAAGAAGGGAUGGCGCUUCCCCAACUUCUCAAGGAAAGGUGCGUCGGGUGUGGGAGCGGGUCACGUGGUAAGUAGGGAUGCAGCGAUGCCGAAAGUGCCAGGGCGGCGUCGGUCCCUGGCAACCGAGAGGGAAGUCGGGCCACCUGAGCGAGAGAGCGGAGCGCGGGAGGGAAGGUGAUGCCUACCUGUUCCGACGCACGCGACGGAGGACGUGGCUGAGAAGUUUGGCUCCGCACGUGGGCUCGAUCAAGGGUUUGGAGUAUAGAUGGCAUGAGAGAGAGAGAGAGAGAGAGAGAGAGAGAGAGAG